AUGCCGCAAUCCGACUUGAAACGAAAGCGUGCCAGAAUUGCAUGUGAACCAUGCCGAGAGCGCAAAAGAAAAUGCGAUAGCGCCGAGCCUUGCAGUACUUGCCGUCAAUGGGGCUAUGAUUGCCACUACGAGCUUCAGACACGACGGAAACAUCAUGCUCCCCAACAAAAGUCCCCAAGAGAAGUACCAUCAACGUCAAGGCCUCAGCAGCAGAUUGACUCAGUGGAUACGUACGGGCUGGAUCGUCGAUUAUGGGCAAACUCCGGUGCUGCAUUUGUUCGGAGGAUGGGCCUGAAUAUGGAUGCCGCGAAAGCACCCAAACUUAGCCUCUUUGGUUGGAACAUUGGAAAGCGACAGCUGUCGUCCGAGUCUCAAGUUGUUCCCCCUGUGCUGUCAAUUACGGAUAUCACAUCCCUUGAACACAUGAGGACACUCGCUCAGGUCUACUUCGCCAAGAUUGAUCCGUUCUAUGGCUUUAUUGAUUCUGCUCAAUUUUUUGAGCGCCUGGAUGCUAGAUGGCAGUCUCCCAUGGUUGGUAGUCUAUAUGACAGUGUUCUUGGUGGCGUCGCUGCGUUAGGUUGCUUGUUUUCCCAACGAAACAUGACCAUCACCGAAGUGCACCUCAUUGGAUCGGCAAUCUCCAUUCUCGACACGCACUAUCUGUCUGGCGUUCCUCCAGUAGACCUUCUCACUGGGUGGACGUUACGAGUCAUCUACAUGCGAAUGACAGAUCUACCACACGCAACAUGGAUCGCGAGUUCGAAGUUGAUGCAUCUGGUGGAAGCUGCGGGAUUCCAUCUAGAGUCCACUGAUUCGGUCUUUCCAAGCAGUAUAGACACGGGAUUCGAUCCAAACCUCCAGAGACGAAUCUUUGGCCUGGCACUACAUCUGAAUUUGUGGACAUCUUAUGAUCUUGGUUUAUCAAGAGUAUCAUUCCGAAAGAAUGAUUUGCCAUUGCUUCCAUUAAACAUCGAGGGUGAUUACACACAUGAGUUGCUGGGGCUUCUUCCAUUAUCAGCAAGUCUAGACCCUGGAAAACCGAAGGAAGAUGAAAUGAAGCUUGAGGAAACAUUAUCUCAGAUCCUAGAAAGAGUCCAUAAUGAGCCUCCCUCGGCCAUGGCGCAAUGUAAUCUUGUCCUUUGCAUUCUGCGCAGAAUCCACACACAGAACCUUGAAAUAUCUCCUCGCCUCGCAGAAAAAGCCUUAGCGUUGCUGAAGAAGGGACUUGGUUGCUCACGCACUAUGAUCAGAGACUGCAGCCCUUGGCAGCAUAUGACAAAUGUCCCUUUCCACAUCAUAUGUGUCUUGCUCGUGAUGGACACCCGGCAAUCACUAGCGAUGCUCCCUGAAGCAAUGCAGACAUUGAAGCUCGUUGCAUCCACUUACAAUACCAACACCAUGCGAGAAGCCUGGAGUGCGGCUCUCUUGCUAGUUAUGCUUCAUCAACAGCGAAGGAAGGAUGACCUUGCGAUCUUCAAUGAUAUCGUGAAUAUGGAGGAGCAAGGAAGUCCAACUGGAUCAUCUCUGCAAGAAUUUCCAAGCGCAGAAGAGUACUCAUGGCUAGGGGCUUUGGUUGCUGAUCUGCCCGGUUUGCAAAGGUAUGACCUUGAUCAAUUUCUCAAUGCGGAUAUGAUUGGUAGUCCGAGUUUCUUAGGUGGGUCGGAAUGA